GAUGGACAGACUUCAAGUGUGCCUCUGGGAGGAGGAAAAUAAGAAGAGGAAUGGUGGAACGGAGAAGGACAAGAUCAUUGAACAAUUACAGUCUGAGACAGACCAUCUCCGAGCCCUUUUAAAAGAUGAAAGGAGGAGAAGAAGAGUAGAAAGGGGUAUAAUGAAAGAGUGGAAGGCUGAGAUCCUGAGACUGAGGGAGGCAGAGAGCCAGAGGGAGGCAGAGAGCCAGAGAGAGGCAGAGAGCCAGAGGGAGGCAGAGAGCCAGAGGGAGGCAGAGAGCCAGAGAGAGGCAGAGAGACAGAGAGAAGCAGAGAGACAGAGGGAGGCAGAGAGACAGAGGGAGGCAGAGAGACAGAGGGAGGCAGAGAGACAGAGGGAGGCAGAGAGACAGAGAGAAGCAGAGAGACAGAGAGAAGCAGAGAGAGCCACAGAAGCAAUGGAGUACCAGAGAAAACUGCAGGAGAUCCACAGACUCAAACAACUGCUGGAUCUACUGAUGGUGGACCUACAACUGGCCCACCAAGAGAUUGAGAGGUUGAGGCUAUGGCAGAAAGUCAUGGAGGAGCAGCGACCAAGACUGGCCUGGAACAACAAACCUAUUGAAACAGGAAGAGAGAGGGAAAGAGAGAGGGAAAGGGAGAGAGAAAGGGAGAUGGAAAGGGAGAGAAAAGCAGAAUUGGAAAGACAAGAAAUGAAGAAGAAAGUGGAACAGGCAGAAGAAACAAUAAAAGCGUUAGAACGAGAGAUUGAGAGAUUGAAAGAGAUUGAGAAGGAAAUCAUAUUUGAAAGAGAAAGAGACAUGCGUAUUGCAGAGAAUGAGAAAGUCAAACUGGUUAACGAAAAGGUAAAAGAGUUAGAGAGAGAGGUUGAGAGACUGAAAGAAGAUAUGACAACAAAAGAGAUUCAAUACAAAAUCAAAUUUGAAAGAGCGAAAGAAGCGUUUAGAAGACAGAAUGAGAGAGUGAAACAGGUUAACCAAAAUGUACUAGUGUUAGACAGAGAGGUUGUGAGAAUGAAAGAAGAGAUUAGAUUGAAAGACGAGACUGAACCAGAGAGAACAUUUGAUAGAAACAGAGAGAGAGAAAAUUAUUGGAGACGAAGUGAAGAGGAGAUGAAAAAUAGAGUGGAGAGAGAGAUGGAGAUGGAGACGGCCCUCAUCAAUGACAAAAAGACGUCUGAAUUGGAGGAAGUCUUCAAGAAAAUCAAGGAACAGCAGAUAGAAUUAGAAAAUAUGGAAACAGACAAAUAUAAAUGGAAACAGAACCAAAUGGACAUGGAGGAGAAGAUGGAGGGUGAGCACAACAAACAGAAAGAGGUAGAAAGAAAGAGAAUGGAGAAAAUACCAAAACAGAGACAAGAAGAAGAUGAGAAGAAGAAGGAGAUGGAGAGAGAAGAAGAAGAGGAGAGACGCAAACAGAAGCACAUAGAGAUGGAAGAGGAAGAAAGAGAGAGGGAGAAAGAGAGACAGAGAGAGAUCAAAAGGAAGAGAAUGGAGAAGAGACAGAAAAUUAUGGAAAGAGAAGAAGAGAGACAGAGAGAGAUUGAAAGAGAGAUUGAAGAAGAAAGAUGUAAACAGAAGCAAAUAGAGAUGGAAGAGGAAGAACGAGAGAGGGAGAAAGAGAGACAGAGAGAGAUCAAAAGAAAGAUAAUGGAAAAGAGACAAAAACAUAUCGAAAGAGAAGAAGAGAGACAGAAAGAGAUUGAAAGAGAGCACGAAGAAGAAAGAUGUAAACAGAAGCAAAUUGAGAUGGAAGAGGAAGAACGAGAGAGGGAGAAAGAGAGACAGAAAGAGAUUGAAAGAGAGAAUGAAGAAGAACUAUUUGAACAGAAGCAAAAAGAGAUGGAAGAGGACGAACGAGAGAGGGAGAAAGAGAGACAGAGAGAGAUCAAAAGAAAGCGAAUGGAGAAGAGACAGAAAAUUAUGGAAAGAGAAGAAGAGAGACAGAGAGAGAUUGAAAGAGAGAUUGAAGAAGAAAGAUGUAAACAGAAGCAAAUAGAGAUGGAAGAGGAAGAAAGAGAGAGGGAGAAAGAGAGACAGAAAGAGAUUGAAAGAGAGAAUGAAGAAGAACUAUUUGAACAGAAGCAAAAAGAGAUGGAAGAGGACGAACGAGAGAGGGAGAAAGAGAGACAAAGAGAGAUCAAAAGAAAGAGAAUGGAGAAGAGACAGAAAAUUAUGGAAAGAGAAGAAGAGAGACAGAGAGAGAUUGAAAGAGAGAUUGAAGAAGAAAGAUGUAAACAGAAGCAAAUAGAGAUGGAAGAGGAAGAACGAGAGAGGGAGAAAGAGAGACAGAGAGAGAUCAAAAGAAAGAUAAUGGAAAAGAGACAAAAACAUAUCGAAAGAGAAGAAGAGAGACAGAAAGAGAUUGAAAGAGAGAAUGAAGAACAACUAUUUAAACAGAAGCAAAAAGAGAUGGAAGAGGAAGAACGAGAAGAAGAGAGACAGAGAGCGAUCGAAGAGAAAGAGAGACAGAGAGAGAUGGGAGAGAAAGAAAGACGACAACAACAAGAGGAGAGAAAGAUAAUGUUUGAGAGAGAUCAAGAAGAAGAAAAUAUAUGGAAACAGAAGCAAAUUGACAUGGAGAAGGAUGGAAGAGAGAGGGAGAACAAGAGACAGAGAGAGAUAGAAGAGAUACACAGACGACAACAACAAGAGGAGAGACAGAAACAAAAGGAGAAGGAGAAAGAAAGGGAGAAAGACAAUGACAAUCAGAGAGAUAUGGAAUUAAAAGAUCAGCAACAGAAAGAGAUGGAGAAAGAAAAGAUGAUUAUGAAAGAAAGGGAGGAAGCAGGAAGAAGAAAGGAGGGGCAGAAAAAUAUUUUGGGGGAAAUUGAGGGACAGAAUGAACUGGAGAUAGAACAGGAGAGAGAGAUGGAAGAAAAGCAGGAAGUGAUUAAGGAAGCAGAGGAAGAGUACAGGGAAAGAGAAGAGAGAGGAAAGGAAGUAAGCAUGAAGAAACAUGUAGUAGUUAAUGUUAAAGCAAAAGCACGGGAAGUCUUCAAUAGGCGUAAAGAGAGGAGGUUAGAAGUGUUGAAGGGGGAACGAGAACACAUAGAAAGAGGACAACAAAUCAGGAGGGAGAAGGAGGAAAGACGGCUGGAGAUGGAAAGAAAACAGGAGAGGGCAAGACAACAAGAGGAGCAGGAUAUAAAACAAGAGAUUGAAAUUGCUAGACAGAAAGAAAUGUUGAGACUAAGAGAGGAGGAGAGGCAGAGAGAGGAUGAGAGAGAGGAGCAGAGAAAGAGAGCCAUUGAAGGCCAUUUAUCUUUAAUCAGAGAGAGAGAAAAUAUAAUAGAGACAAAAAAAAGAGAGGAGAUGGUGGAAGAGGAAAGAAGGGAGAUCCUUGAGUACAAGAGGGGUGAGUUAGAGGAGGAGGAGAAGGACGAUGACAAGGAGGACAUUCUCCCACCUGAUAAAAGUAUCAGAAGGAAAGCUGUGGGCUGGGUGAAUAAAACAUGGGAGAAGAGGAACCUCAGAAAGAUAGAGAGAACAUAUCAGAGAGAGGCUGAGGAGGGCCAUAAGAUCGUCCACAUAGCCAUCCCUGGACAUACAAGGCUAACAUCCACCAUGACCCGGGCAGAGAGAGAGAGGGAGAAGAGGAAGGAGCUGCUGAAGGCUGAGGAGAGAAGGAAGAAGAUGGAGGAUUUCAAUAAGCAGUGGAGAGAGCGGUCCCUGCUUAAAAAACACACUCAUCAACAACUGAAGGAGGAGAGGGAGAGGAUGAAGGAAAACUACCUGGAUCAGAUGAAUCUGGAGGCUGAUGCUCAAAUCAACACCCGGUGUCUAACCACCCAACACAGCCACGAUUACAACCACGGUCAGGAGUUGCCCUGGUGGACAACAGGCCAACAAGUAAGCCAAGAGCCCACUGGAUCUGCUGAUGGCCACCAGGAAAGGCCAAGGAGGCAACAGGCAUGGGCAGACAACCAGGAGGGGAGUUCAGAGAACCAGCAGGAGGGGCCAGAGAACCAUCAGGGGGGGCCAGACAGCCAGCAACUAGAAGCUCCAGAAGAGGCUGACACAUCAGAGCCAAUCUCCAACACAAAGACAAAGAAAAAGCCAAGCAUCUGGAAGAAAAUUAGGAUGAGCAUUCCUGACCUGCUGUCUGCCUAGAGCUGGAACUCGAUGAAGCCACAGUUCCACUGAGGUUACGUUGGUAAUUAAAAGUGUCGCCCAAUAAUCCCUC